AUGCCAACUCGCCGGCCACAUGCGAAGUCGCGCAAAGGAUGUUUGAAAUGCAAGAGUCGUCAUGUCAGAUGCGAUGAGUCGGGACCUCCAUGCGGGCGCUGUAAUAUUCGAGGAGAUGUUUGCGAGUAUGCUGACCCGCAACUGACAACCAAAGACACCACCAGUAUUCUUACCUCCACCAGCCCGGGCUCAACUUCAACUACGUCUGCUUUACCACUGUCUCGCGAGGUAUUGUUUCCGAAUGACGGCCAUUUACUUCAGUUGCAACUUAUGCAUCGAUGGACUGUCGCAACAUACAAGUGUUGCUGCACGCCUGGCUCCGAGGAUGAUGAGGUGUGGCAGUCCUGGGUACCACAAUUAGCAAUAAAACAUGACUACCUUCUGUAUGGACUCUUGUCACUCACUUCAUUCGAAAUUGCAAGGUUGACGAAGACACCUCACCACAAGCGAUAUGUUGAGUCAGCGACAGAAUAUCAUAGUCUUGCAUUGAGCAGCUUCCGCGUUCAGCUCUCUGUAAUCGGCUCCGAGGAUAUUGACGCUGCAGUUUGCAUGUCGUUGAUGUUAUUAGUCCUGUCUUUUGCGUCCGCACAGGGUCGAGCUAGGAGUUCGGCUGACGACGAGAGUGAUGGCAUUAUACAAACAGUGCUUGCUCACUUCGAGCUCUUACGCGGAUGUGCUCCAAUAAUCGAAAGCAAAAGAGACUAUAUGUCGCGAAAUCCAUAUAUUCAGAAGCUGAAGCCAUUUGAAGACUUGGCCCGGACUCCGCUGGAUCCACGUGUAGAGGAGGCACUCGUCAAGUUGACCGAGCUCAACGACAAGCGAGUCACGAGUUCAAUCCACGACACAGUUCAGCGAAGAAGCCAACAAGUGGAGUAUUGGGAGGUAUGUAAAACCGCAGUUGGAAUUUUAAGAACAUUGUAUGAGAAGUGUGUGGAUGAUUUUACUCGUGGCUAUGCACUUGGUUGGUUAAACAUGGCCGGUGACAGAUACGUGACCGCGGUCAAAAAUGGGGACGCCGUUGCGCUGCUCAUGCUAAUGUACUGGGGCGUAAUGGUUGAAAAAUGUGGAAGUCAGGUCUGGUGGGCUGAGCAUUUCGGCAGCUUGUUAGUCGCUGAGAUUGCCCAUUUGAAGCUGUUUAGGAAUGCGGAUCUGGCUACCAAAGAUCUAAUCUCUCAAGCAAAGGAUCUCAUAGAGAGCAGCUGA